CGGGCCGGGGGCGUUUCGGGUGUCCGAAGGCGAGUCCAAUCGGACCAGGAAGUAGCUCAGGGGAGCCAGACCCCGACCCACCGCUCUCCCCUCCCGAGCAGAGGAGGCAGGGAAGUACCGAGGGCAGUCUAGCCGCCCCUGGGGGUGGUUCCUGGGUCUAGAUGGAGCUCAAUCUCUGGAUUCUCCCUCUUUCUCGGCCCUACCCUUCCUGACAAACACGGCCGCCAAACCCUGUAAUUGCUCUCCUCUAACCCAAGAAAGCAAACCUUUUUGCUGUUUCUGAGCGGACGCGAGCUUUAAGACUACGUUAAGAAGAGGCCAUUGAAAUUGAUGUAACACUCUGACCCUCCAGUCCAGAUAUAUUAGAUUCACACAGAAAUACUAAAAAAUAAAUAAAAAGCACUGAUCCAAACGUUUGAAUUGAAGGCAUUCUGGGAAAACCUGCCUUUUAUUGUGAAAAUCGUCUUUGAUCUUGAAAUUAAAAGUAAAGCUGGAAAAGAAUUUACAAACGAGGAAAAAACAAAGUUUGGGAUCGGACUCACAGGAUCUGGGCUUGGAAAUGCCUCAGCCUAGUGUAAGCGGAAUGGAUCCGCCUUUUGGGGAUGCCUUUCGAAGCCACACCUUUUCAGAGCAGACUCUGAUGAGCACAGAUCUCUUAGCAAACAGUUCAGAUCCAGAUUUCAUGUAUGAACUGGAUAGAGAGAUGAACUAUCAACAGAAUCCUAGAGACAGCUUCCUUUCUUUGGAGGAUUGCAAAGACAUUGAAAAUCUGGAGUCUUUCACAGAUGUCCUGGAUAAUGAGGGCGCUUUAACCUCAAACUGGGAACAGUGGGAUACGUACUGUGAAGACUUAACAAAGUACACCAAGCUAACCAGCUGUGACAUCUGGGGAACAAAAGAAGUGGAUUACUUGGGUCUUGAUGACUUUUCUAGCCCUUACCAAGAUGAAGAGGUCAUAAGUAAAACUCCAACUUUGGCCCAGCUUAAUAGCGAGGACUCUCAGUCUGUUUCUGAUUCCCUUUAUUACCCUGAUUCACUUUUCAGUGUCAAACAGAAUCCCUUGCCCUCUUCAUUCCCUAGUAAAAAGAUCUCAAGCAGAGCAGCUGCCCCUGUGUGUUCUUCUAAAACUCUUCAGGCUGAGGUCCCUUUGUCAGACUGUGUCCAAAAAGCAAGUAAACCCACUUCAAGCACACAGAUCAUGGUGAAGACCAACGUGUAUCAUAAUGAAAAGGUGAACUUUCAUGUUGAAUGUAAAGACUAUGUAAAAAAGGCAAAGGUAAAGAUCAACCCAGUGCAGCAGAGUCGGCCCUUGUUGAGCCAGAUUCACGCAGACGCAGCAAAGGAGAAUACCUGCUACUGUGGUGCAGUAGCAAAGCGACCAGAGAAGAAAGGGGUGGAGCCUCUUCAGGGUCACAUCACUCCAGCUUUGCCUUUUAAAGAAACCCAAGAACUGUUACUCAGUCCCCUGUCCCAGGAGGGUCCUGGGUCAGUUGCAGCAGGAGAGAGUAGCAGCCUUUCUGCCAGCACAUUGGUCUCAGAUUCAUCCCAGAAAAAAGAAGAGCACAAUUACUCCCUUUUUGUCUCUGACAAUUUGGGUGAACAGCCAACCAAAUGCAGUCCUGAAGAAGAUGAGGAAGACGAGGAUGAUGUUGAUGAUGAGGACCAUGAUGAAGGAUUUGGUAGUGAGCACGAACUUUCUGAAAAUGAGGAGGAGGAGGAGGAGGAAGAGGAUUAUGAAGAUGACAAAGAUGAUGAUAUUAGUGACACUUUCUCUGAGCCAGGCUAUGAAAAUGAUUCUGUGGAAGACUUGAAGGAGAUGACUUCAAUAUCCUCUCGGAAGAGAGGUAAAAGAAGGUACUUCUGGGAGUAUAGUGAGCAGCUCACCCCAUCACAGCAAGAGAGGAUGCUAAGGCCAUCUGAAUGGAACCGAGACACCUUGCCAAGUAAUAUGUACCAGAAAAAUGGCUUACAUCAUGGGAAGUAUGCAGUAAAGAAGUCACGGAGAACUGACGUAGAAGACCUGACUCCAAAUCCUAAAAAACUACUCCAGAUAGGCAAUGAACUACGGAAACUGAAUAAGGUGAUUAGUGAUCUGACUCCGGUCAGUGAGCUACCCUUAACAGCCCGGCCAAGGUCAAGGAAGGAAAAAAAUAAGCUGGCUUCCAGGGCUUGUCGAUUAAAGAAAAAAGCCCAGUAUGAAGCUAAUAAAGUGAAAUUAUGGGGCCUCAACACAGAAUAUGAUAAUUUAUUAUUUGUAAUCAACUCCAUCAAGCAAGAGAUUGUAAACCGAGUACAAAAUCCAAGAGAGGAGAGAGGACCCAACAUGGGGCAGAAGCUUGAAAUGCUCAUUAAGGAUACUCUUGGUCUCCCAGUUGCUGGGCAAACCUCCGAAUUUGUUAACCAAGUGUUAGAGAAGACUGCAGAAGGCAAUCCCACUGGAGGCCUUGUAGGACUAAGGAUACCAACAUCAAAAGUGUAAUCAGCCUCAUUGGACCACUGGUCAGAAAUGUCUGUGUUUGUCACGUUAUUCAUUGUAAAUUUUCAUUCUGUUUUGCAUGUCAGUUUAGCAUUAUGUAAACAUUUAUGAUUAGGUUACAUUGUUUUAAGAACUAAGUAGCAUAAGUGAAGCAUGAUCCAAAAUACUUGAUUAUUGCAUUUUCAGAGCAUAAACCAUGGUUAAAACUGCUACUGUCAUCAGAAUCGAAACUCAAACAUUUAAGUAAAUGUUUAGAUACAGAUUGCAAAAAUCUGUUAAAGUAAAACGUUUGGGAGGAGUGAAGACAUUAGUAAAAGCCAAAUAUUGUGGCAGGUUUAUGCUCUGAACCACACAAAAAAAUUGAGGAAGCAUUUUUUUAAACAGUCGGUUUAGAUUGUUUUUAGAAUUAUUCCUUUUGUUCUAAUUUUCCACAAACAUUAAUCUCACUUGUACAUGGCACAACCCAGCACUCACGCCCAUGUGCCAUAUUAGAAGUUCAUUUUCUGAGCUCAAUAUGGUAUAUAUAAAUAUAUAUAAAUAUAUAUAUAAUGUCUGUGCAAGUAAGAAAAAAAGCAUAUUCUUUGUGCCUUGUAUUUUGGGGAAACUAUAAAACUGGUAAUAUUUUGUAUGAUGAAAACCCUAAUGAGGAAACACAAGAUAUAUAGAUGGAAAAAUUAUGGGGUUUAAAUGUUUUUUUUUGUUCCAACUCUUUUUCAAAUUUUUUGAAUGUAUAUAGGACUAUGUUGAAAUGUAGAUAUAUGCCACAGAGUCUGUGUAUUGUAUAAAAAACAAAACAAAAAACAAACAAAAAAAAGAUGGCUCUAGAAAACUCAUAUUUCGGUACUUGACCGGAAGAAGACAAAUACUUGCACAUUAUUGCGAUUGUUUUAUUUUUUGUACCAAAGACAAAUGCAACUGAUAUGGCAAACUGCCAGUCUAAGUAAAGUUUUGCACAGCUUACAUGAUACUGUAUGAAUGUAUGAAAAAAAGGAGAAAAAAAAAAGAAAAAUGAAAAGGUCAGGGUUAGGGAUCUUACUGAACUGUGAAUUUUAUUUCUGUUUGGGUCCAAUUAUCUACAGAAGGAGCAUCCACACACACAAAUAUUAUUUUGCUGUUCCUCUAGUUCGCUUCCAUAGUAGAUAAGUUGGUGGCCAUUUAGAUGUCUGUAAGUCUUUUUAUUUCUGCACUUAAUUGUAGGAAAUUUUAAUAUAUUUCAUUUUAGUAAGCUAUUGGUAAAAUAGUUUUUGACCUUGAAAAUUAAAAAGUUUAUUUAGCUUACUGUAGUAUACUUCCACCAAACAACCAAAAUACAGAUUAUUUUUAUUGUAUUAUGUAUAUAUAUAUCUGUAAAGAAAGAAAAAAGCUAAAAAUAUCUAAUUCUUUAGUUGCCACUUUUCCAAUUGAUGUAUUAUUGUGCAUGUAAUAUUUUCAAAGAUCAACACAAGCUUAAAACAAAAACAAAAACGAUUUAUAGAUUUUUAUAUUUUUGUACAGGUAUUUUCAAACUAGCUUCUUCAAACUUACAUGUGACCUAUUCUUCUUCUAUAGUUUCUAGAACUGAGAAAUAUUAACACAUUUAGUUUUUAGGUGCUCUUUUUUGCUCACAUAAAACAGCUUCAUUAGUCAGUGUUUUAACUGUGUUAAAGCUUUACCUCUGAUGAGAAAUUUCUUGUGUCAAGGCAGCAUUAUAAACCUUCCCCACAGAUCUUCCCAUUCUGUUUCUCUUACUGUUUGAUCCUCAAAUCUUGUGUUUUGAACUCUGAAAACUGGUGGCUUAAAAACUAUACUUUAAAAAAGAUCCUAUCUAGCCAGAAAAAAAUACCAAAAAUUUCAGACCUAGCUGCUGGGAAAUUACCUGUUUCUCCAACUGUUUCUCCAUUACCCCCUGGAGAAUUUAUUCUUUAAUUAUAUUUUGUCUUUAUAGUGUGUUUCCUUUUCUUCUACUUUAUCCCUUCUCCCCCCACUCCCCUACUUGUAAGCCGUAGCAUAUGAAGCUAUAGCUUAUAGUUUGAUUCUAAAACACAGUAACAACUGAACAAUGUUGCUCAUAUGCUUCUUUGCCAUCAUGAAAAGGAAACUUCUAGAAGGAUUGUCUUAACACCUUAGCUGAACUGUGAUGCACAAGAUUUUCCUGUGUGCUUGGUGGAAAUGUACCUGGUUAGUGCAUUCAUGCUGAACAGAUGAUAUGCUCAGAGCUAAUGGUUUAAAAGAAUGUAAGCUCAUUGUUUAAAGUUUUUCCUUUUUAGAUGGGAGAAGACAAAGCACAGGCUUAUAAAUUGGAAGUAUAUGAAGUUUUGACAGAGUGUGUUUAGUAAAUUGAGACAUGUUCCAAAAUGUGGCAGUUUUGCAAUCAGGUGAAAAUCACUUCAUGAUAGAGAUUCAGCUGAUGAGGUUUAUAAAAUUGCCCCUUUCUAGCUGCUCUGUUAGGAAUUCUGGUUUUUGAUACUUUUUUCCUGUCUGCAAACCAGAAUUUGAUUUUUUGGUCUUGCAUUUCAAAAAAAAAAAAAAAAAGACUUUGAAUCUGGUUUAGUAGAUUCCAUAUCCUUGCAUUUCAGUGUUUUAUAUGUACUACUUAAGUUAAAUAGUUAAAAGCUUUUAAAUAGUUGAGCUUUUUAAUGUUGACACUUUAUUUUGUACCUAUUUAUAUAUGUAUGUAUAUCUUAGAAAAGCACUUUGUUAAAAAAAAAUUGCAUUUUAUAUGAUUCCUGCCAUUUGCUGCUAAAUCUGGGCUGGUCAGAAUGCUGCAGCGAUACUUGAUCUAAAUAAAAACCUGGCAGUAAAAUGUAGAGUGAAAGUUAAAUCCUCUUGCUGUUUUAACUUUAUCAUAAAGAUGACAUAGGCAAGCUGUGCAGCUUUACAUUUUAACCAGGGGACUCUGUGGCAUUUAAAACCGUCUAGAAAUGGUUGUACUUUAAUGCCAGUAAUAAUCUGCUUCCUCUAUUGUCAUUAAAAUAUAUACGUUUAGUGUAUCACACAAACAAAUCUUAUAAGGGUAACGUAAAAACCCCAACAAUUGUACAUGUUAUGUUUUUGAAAAUUGUGGCAUGUAUUUUUGGGUGAAGAUCAUUAGAGAAGAGCUCUCUAAAGGUUUUCUGUGUUCAUACAUGGUAUACAGAUAGCUCAUAAUGAAGUCCAGAAUCUUACUUUAAGUGAAGGCAUUGUGAAUUCACCUCAAAUAAACCCAUUGUUCCAAAAGCAAUUAUAAACUUUGACUCUAGUACUACUAUGAUUGAAAAAAAAUAUACAAAAAACGUUCUUCCUCAUUUCAGAUACACUGGAUUCUUUAUAGAGUUUGUCUCCAUAUGAAAGCAUGCUGUCCAGUUGUUCUUGUUAAGAUCUUGUCUGAGUUUUGAAUUGGGUGCCACACUUUUUCAGUCAAUAUGAUUGCUUGUUCUACUGUACCAUGUAUGAUUCUUGUCCUUUCCUAUAUCCUUCAUGACAGAUUAUGAUGUGGCUUUAUAUUGUGCCUUACUUGUACAUUUAAACUUAACGUCUUCAUUCCCUUCCACUUCCUAUACCGUUCACUUUGACCUUUUUGGUAAGAGAAUCAGAGCAAUUAUAAAAACAUCAUGAAGGAUUUCAGAUGGGUAUGGUUUCCAAUUCCCUCUCUUUAUAGUUAUUUUAUAUUUGUAUGAAAGACCAGUUUUGAAUGGUCUUUAAACCAGAGAGGGAAAGACUAGCAGUCAUUUCACUACAUCCCUUGUUUCUGACUUUCAUGAAUUUGUCCGACAUCUUCUUUCUGAUGCUUGACUUGAUUUGCUUCUUAGCAAUAGUCUGCAUUUAAAGAAAGGUGUGUUCAGUCCAUCAGCUUGAAAUUGACUAUUUCAUCUUUCCAGAAUUUUUUAGGAGAAGAAUACCCGUUUUGUUUGUUUUAUAAAACAGAUGACAAGUCUCUUUAAAAGAAACAGAAGUACAGUACUUUUGAAAUACAAUGCUGUUAGUUUGGAUUUCUUUUUAUAUAUAUAAUAUUCAUACAAUUAUCUGAUGUUUGCCUUCAUUAAUAAAGCUGUUAGUUUAUUCACCAAAA